GACAAGGUAUAUGGACAAACAUUAAAAUAAUGAAAAAGAUGGUAAAAAAGGGCAAACAUUACAAACAAAUUGUCCUUUUUAGUGCACAUUCACAGCUCUGAAGUGUGUGUGUUUGAAACGCAACAGUUUGCGUUUCUAAAUAGUUCAAGAUCGCUGCCGAGGACUAAUUCAUUCAUAAUUUUCAUUAAAACCAUUUUCCAUGAAAGCCAUUUUCCAUCAAAGUUAAUGUCUUACAAUGGUACCUUGCCGUGUUUUUUCAUAACUGUAUUAAAAAAAAAAUUGUUAGCGUGUUUGUAAGAACUUUUAAGUUGUCAGGCAACGCUCCUCGAUAAAUACAGCUACUCGAUUACCCUCCACUUAGAUACUCAAAGAGCACUCGUCAGAGAGAAUCAAAAAAUAUUAAUUUUCUUACAUCACCCCUUACUGGACAGAAGUAAGCUGUUACCUUUCGUGUGCAAAAUGCAGCCGGGCAGUGUGUUCCAGUCUUCAUUCCGUUCCUACUGCUCUUGUCCGUACCCAAGCUGCGUGGAGGACAGAAACAGUGCUCAUGUUUGCCAGGCUUCUCUUACGUGCCAAAAACCUAGCGAAUCCCACUUGCGGUUACAAGCAAGUUCGCUGUUACAGAUGCAAGGGAAUCCACGGCUAUACUCCAAAACGGAGCGUCCCGCCUUUGUUCCAUCUGCAUUCGGUGUUAUCUCAAGACCUACAGGAUUUUAUGUCCCUUCGACUCACUGUCUACCGGGCCAGCAGUUGUUUUUUCCGUUCAGUCAAACAGCGCACAACAGACAGCAAGGUAGCCUGGCGACAGGAUUGAGAGAUAAACCAGAAACAAAGAAGCGACGUAAACGAACCAUAUUCACUUCAGAUCAGUUAAAGCGACUGGAGUCAGCGUUUGACCGGCAACAGUACCUUGUUGGUACAGAACGAGAGCGUCUUGCCAGAGAAUUAAAUCUCUCCGAAACUCAGGUGAAGAUUUGGUUUCAGAAUAGAAGAAUUAAAUGGAGGAAGGAACAUUUAUAUGCUGGACAAGUAGACAGUCAGCUGGACGUUGACGCACUGAGCCAAGGAUAAACACUAAACUGGACUUGCUUGAACAAUAUAAUGACUUUUUAUGGCCAUGGAUUAGGCCUUUCCACAAAUAUCCGGAUAUUCUGGGGGAUAUUUAGAAUUUUCUGAGAUAUUUAGAAAGUAUUAAAAUAUUUAGAAAAUUAAGGGAUUUUUUGAAAUAUUCAUAGCUUGUUUUGCCUGAGUCCUGUGUUUCCUCGCUAUUCCUUCGAAACAAAGCCCAGUUUUAUUCCAGAAACAAUCCAGUCCAGCAAUUUUCUUUUCGAAAAAUGUAUUCCAUAUCACUAAAAGCACUGAAGGAACAAAUUUCAAAAAUGGCGGAUACCGGUAACAUCAAAGCGCCUGAAACUUCUUCCUCAACUCCUGCCACUGCAAGAACUUUUAAAAAUUUCACCUCAAGAGAUUCAAAAUCGGUACAUUUUUACGACAAAAAUAAGAGUUAUUUGGAGGGGUUUUCGAGAUAUUUAGAAGAUGUUUGGUGAAAUUUGGGAUGUUUUUUGAGAACUUCCGAAAGAUUUUUAGGGGAUUUUACGUGAUAUUUGUGGAAAGGCCUACCAUGAAUCUCUCUGAAUAUAUGCAUAAUUAUUAGACCCGCUUUGAUUUGACAACAAAGUCAUUCACCAGAUGUCAAUGGCGGAGCUGCCGCGCACGAGCGGAGUCCCAUAUCUUAGUAUGUUUUUUCGCUUAGUCGCCUGGCUUUUUUUUUGUGGAGACUAUCAGAGUACCAACUAUCAGAGUAAAAAGAAGAAAUGACUAAGUGACCUCGGAUUUCCCUCUAUUUAAAUGCGAUUGAUGCGGUUAAGGGACCAUUAACUAACCUUUUUAAGCCGUUGCUAAUGAAAUUUUUUUCUCAUAUAACCUUGUCAUUUUUAGUUAGUUCAGAGUUAUUUCAUGUAUUUUAACUUUUUCAUAAUCAGUUACACCAGUGAUGACGUCAUCAUAGCCGCGCCCAUAGUCCUGUUACUUAUUCUGAAAAAAUGUUUAUGUUCCCAAACAUAUUACUUUAUCGGGAUUUUCCUCCUUGAGUUGAUAUCUUUAUUACGCUGCGCAUAGAUUUUGUUUCAUUUCUAAAAGGUCAGAUUUUGAGCUCGAGAG